CUAAGCUCUAAAAUCUCCUGCGGAGAUUUUAAAUACCUCCCACAGUGCAGGUAGCACUUUCCCAGCUUGUACACCUUAUCUCUAUGUAGCGCGACUUUCAUCUGAUGACGAACAUCAAUUUCGAUCUCCGAUUUCCGAUUUAAUACUACGAUUAAUAACAAACUUCUGCUAAGAGCAAUUGAGUUCUACACUCAAUAAAGCUAUAGGAGAGCUUGGGAAGAUCACGUACAUUUCUCCUAUACUUCUAUUAUACUUCCUACCUACUUUGUUGGUAUCCAACACUGCUUGCGCCGUAGUGCGCACAUCAAACAGCUCACGAUGGGCUUCACAACCGGCUUCACCGGAGGUGUAACGCUUACCCUCUCCAUAGCCUACCUGACCGUGCUCGCCCACCAACGGAGCAGAGAACACCAAGCCGCAGUCCUUCGACAACAGACAUUUCUAGUAUCAAGCAUAAUCGAUCCGCUACCCCCAGCAUUACCACCCACAAGAUCCGAGAUCGCAGCGUCAGAACGCGCACGCUUUACCGAGAAAGCUAAGGAUCGAUGGAAUGCCGAAAUAGAGGGUGCUGUCCGCUGGGCCCAAAGCAAGAACUGGGACGAAGUUCGUGAGGAUGCCGAAGCUGCCCUCGCCAGAAUAUGGGCCAAGGCAUUCAGUGAGGCUCAGGAACAGGUCGAAAAGAACCAAGGGAAAACAGAUGCGGCCGAGAGCAAGUUAAGCCAAGGCAAGGAGAAGACGGCAAGUGUAGCUGCGGCUACUAAGAACGCCUUUACAGAUGCGAAGGCAAAGGGCUCCGAAGUCGCUACCAAGACGGGAGAGAAGGCUGAGGAGACGAGAGGUUCGAUCUUUGGCGCCAUCGCAAGUGGCUUCAGCAAGGCAAAGUCGGCAGUUGUGGGAUCAAGUGAGAAGAUCGAGGACGCAUCGUCCCAACUCUCUGCAGAAGAGAAGACACUCAACCAACGAUAUCAAAAGACGGCUGGGCUCGAUAGAAGCAAGGAGGAGGUACUUGCCGCGAGAUAUAACCAGCAAACCAACACGCAACUAAAGACCUUAUAGAAAGACUAUAUAUAAGUCUAUCUACACUAAAUGGCCUUUGAAAAAGAAGGAUAAAUACACCUCUACACCUGUACCAUAGCCUUCUGCCUACCCUACCUAAAAAGUAUUAAUACAUCUCUCUGUAUGCUCCUA